UGAUAUUCUGACCAUGUUUUUAAAUAAAAUUAUCCGUCAUCAAUAAUCAUUCCGUACAGAAAUAAAAUAUUUUUAAUUGCCCUAAAAAUUUAAAGUAAAACAUCAGUGCGAUACUUGCAAGCAUGACUUCCUUCCUGUGCGUUUGCACCGCCGGCUUUUUCCACCUGAUGAACUACGUGGCGUUAUCCUCGAAGAGUUCGGGGGUUCGAGGGCCAGAUUUUCCGUCUCUGAUUGUGGCCAUUGCUGCAAUGGAUCUCAUUUGGGAUAACUGCUUUAUUCCCCGCCGGUUCGAGAUUAUGCCAACGAUUGUGAAGCGGAUCUACGAGCUGGCAGUGUCUUUCCUAUUAUUGGAGAUCGCCAUCCACGUUUUCUGGAAGUCCGUUGAGCAAAUAUGCUUCUUCCUGAUUGCGAUUAUACUGGUGGGCACAGGACUCGUGACGAGGUACCACUUUGAGAAGUACGAGAGCUACUGGGUGGGCAGCGUUACGGUGCCACUGUCCCUUUUGAUCCUGUCACUCGCUAGCCAGGCCACCGACCACUUUCACAUGCUGCAGGAUUGCUACUACUUGGUUCACACGAAGGUGCAACUGCGAAUGGACAACGCCAUGAAGCAUAUGGUUCGGGGUACAAAGAAGAAGAUGACCAAUACUGAGCCAACUCCUCGGAAGCACAAGGACCUGGCUCACAAACAACGUCGUGGAAAGUCCUUUGUGAGCCAAUUUCACCGCAGCGAAAACCCCUUCUUCGAUCAAUAAGUAAGAACUUCUCGGAGAUCGUCUUCAAUUAGAUUCGUUUGUUUCUUUUAU